AUGCAGAAACGCGCGCGGGCCGUCGAGUCGCAGAAGCUGCGCCGCACAAUGAAGGGCCGUGGUGGCCGUAUGACAGAUCCGAUCAGAGACAGCAUCGCCACACCAAUCAUUUAUGUCCGCCUAAUGUUGUUGUGGAUCGGUGUUAUAUCGCUCGAUAUGCUAUGCGGAUUUCGCUUCGAGCUACUCUAUCCAUUUUGGCUCAUUCUACGCACCGGCUAUGAAGCUGUGCACAAAAAUCACAACGCUGUUGUCACGUUGGCGAACCAUAAUACAGCGAAAUUCUCCGUGUUAUUCGUUUGCGUCACGGCGACAUCAGAUUUGAUCUGUUACUUAUUCAUACCAGUGAAAUUUUUGGUGUUUCUUGCCAGCACCUACGUCUGGGUGCAUGUUAUUUGGCAUACGCAUGGUGGCUUCUUGCGGACGUUAUCCGCCAUGAUUCACGAAAAACAAUGUUUCUCUGCUCUAGUUUUUUGGAUAUUCAUUGUAGCGUUUGAGGCGGGAAUACGAUUAAAAUGUUUUCAUCUUGAAAUUGUCGGUUCAGAUGUGCCCUUCCUUCAUUACCUCUGUCAUUUUACAGCAAGCUGUUUACAAACACAAGGAUUGGCACCAGUAAUACCACGGAGUUUAAAUUCAUUUUUCGGUGCGCAUUGUAUAGGAUAUCCACUAGUCAUAAUCUCCUUCAGUUUACGGUACUAUUUCAAGGAAUGGAGAAUUCGUCGCAAGCAGGACGAUGUGUGUCGACGGAACGAGGUUCUUGCGCGAAUGUUGACGGAAGCGUUACCGGCGGUUUAUGAGGGUCCGAAAGACUACUCAGCGAAGAGCGCGUUGCUCGAUGACGGUACGAUGUAUUUCCAAUUUUAAAGCGAUUUGCUUGAAUUAACGAAUGGUGCAGGGCAGGGAAUGUUGAUGCCACCGCCACCGACGUCUGCUACAAAUGGGACUGUUCAUCAUGUACAUUCUACAAAGCGGGCAUCCGGCAAGGUGGCAUCUCUGGGUGGGCGACAACGUGGAUCAGGUCGAACGAAAGCAGCAGCAGCGAUAGCCGCUUCACACAAUCAAAACACGACAUCACUAGCGAAGUCAGGUGGUACUGGGUCAACAACUGGCGGAACUGGAGAGAAACGACGCGAUCGGGAAGAUGAUGAGGAAAGUGAAGGUAUGGAAUGA